CACAGUCGCAGCAGCAAGUGGCGAUAACAUCAGUCAGUGUUGCACGACACGUGACACUGCGGUUAAAAUAUUCUUUGGGGGAAAAAAGGCGUUUUGGGACACCAGCCACAGCAGGACAUUAACAGCGUUAACGUUACAUAUUAUACUGCAGAAGAGACUAACGUAAAGUUAAGAAACUAAACUUGGAAUGAGCUACGUUAGCUAGUUGACGAGCAUUGCCAGAACGUUCUGGCAAUAAGUGUUUGCUAACUACUGUAAUUGUGUCUGACUCGUAUUGUGACAAAUCACAAUAAAUAUACAACAUGGCGUUCCUGAAGCUGGUGGUAAGGAUGACCCUCGCCUCCAUCAGUCCUUAACGUACUACAGUCAGGGAAGAGGAGCUAGCAUGCUAAGUUAGCCUGAAACAGUGGUAACCUAACGUUAGUUUAUCACGCUGUGUGGCGAUUGGGUGAUCCUUUCCAAAACAAACUGUCAUACCUGUAAGUAACGUUGGAUCGGAACCAUCUUCAAAACGGCAUCAGCAGGGGAGAAACUGGACUCAUCCGGCUCAGCAUCCAGGUCAAAGAUGGAGUUAGCAGCGGCUCACCCAGCUCUCAAAGCCUUUAUGUGUGGCUCUCUGAGUGGCACCUGCUCUACGCUGCUCUUCCAGCCUUUGGAUCUGAUCAAGACACGGCUGCAGACCCUGCAGAACGAUGCCAAGCCGGGUGCACCGAAGGUGGGGAUGUUUACAGUUCUUGUAAAUGUUAUUAGGAAAGAGAAUUUCUUCAGUCUGUGGAAGGGAGUUUCACCUUCAUUUGUGCGCUGCAUCCCGGGGGUGGGCAUCUACUUCAGCACCUUCUACUCCCUGAAGCAGCACUAUUUCCUGGACCGGGCACCCAAUGCUGGCGAGGCUGUUCUGCUCGGAGCGGGUGCGAGAACAGUGGCUGGUGUCUGCAUGCUGCCAUUCACAGUCAUCAAGACUCGCUUUGAGAGUGGCUGUUACAACUAUGUGAGUGUGGCCGGGGCUCUGAGGAGUAUGUAUGAGACAGAGGGAAUCAGGGCUCUGUUCUCGGGGCUGACUGCCACGCUGCUCCGAGACGCUCCGUUCUCCGGCAUCUACGUCAUGUUCUACAGCCAGGCUAAGAAGGGGCUGCCUCAAGAGGUGGCUUCGUCAGCGUACAUCCCGCUGGUGAACUUCAGCUGUGGGGUGGUGGCAGGCGUCAUGGCGUCGCUGGUCACACAGCCUGCAGACGUGGUGAAGACACACAUUCAAGUCAGGCCGUCCCAUUGGAGCACGGCAGAUGCUGUUCGCUACAUUUACAUGGAGCAUGGCAUGGGCGGGUUUUUCCGCGGGGCUGUACCCAGGUCUCUGCGACGCACUCUGAUGGCUGCUAUGGCUUGGACUGUGUAUGAGCAGCUGAUGGCUCGGAUGGGUCUCAAAUCCUGAAGAGUCGAACAGUGUUGAGCUACAGUGAAACAGGAUGAAAAAUGAGGGGAUAAUGAUACCCAGUAUUUUCUCACUGAAAGCCCCAUGAAAGAAGGAAACGGAGCUGAGGAGCUUAUAGAGACAGUGAUCAAGCACUACCAAGAUUUUGAAAAGAGGAACCAGGUGGAUAAAUGUUUGAGUAAGAAUGCUUGAGUGUGUGCGUGUUUAUGUUGAUAUUUAAGUAUGAAAAUGUGCCUGUUUUUGUCUGUAGGUGUGUUUCGAGAUAUUGAUGUUAUACCUGACACACUCUUAAAUCAGUCUUGGACUGAAGCUACACUCCCUGCUGUGAAGUGAACUUAUUCCUCCUCUAACUAUUUAUGUUUGGACAGCCUGAGAUAUGGCUGCCACUAAUAAAAGCUAACUGUGCUGUGCAGCAUUGUUGCCCUUGACAAGGUAUUUUAAAAUGCUGUCAAGACAAACGGGACACUCAGCAAGCUGGUGUAGUCAACAUCGCUGAGGUUGCAAAAACCAAAGCACUGCAGAGAGAGAAGCUCAGGCUUCCUUCGUGUUUAUGAAACUUGUACAAGAUAGGGCAAUGUUUCUUACUUGCCAAUUAACAAGCAGACUUUUAGCAGAUAUUUAAUUUGUUUCAGGCUCAGACAAUCACACUGCUGCAUUAUGGGAAGCAAAUCACAAUAAAGCCUUUGUUGCCAUACUCCUCAAAACUAUGCUGAUUUAAAGUUUAUUUACAACUGUGGUGCAUUUUUGACUCAGCGGAGUGGAACCAGAUGUGCUUUUUUAAAGAAGUAAUGAUAAUCAGUCACAUCUGAGCUUGAGAACCAUGGACCUGGAAGAUGUACAGACCGGUGAUGGCAUCUCAGUCAUCAGGAUUUUGUGGUUUUGUAAUUGAAAUGCUUGAUUUUGAAAACACAAACGGCAAUGCGCUUAGCACUGCUUCCUGUGUUUAAGUCAGCACUUUUAAAAUUUGACUUUUUUCCGAAACAUUGACACUCAUUUUUCAGCCUCUUCCUAGCGUAAAUAUUUGAGAAAACACAGAAUUAUUGGUUGAAUCAAAUACAUUUACGUUGCUUGUACAGUGUGCCCUUUGCUGUGACUAUUAUUUAUUAUUGUGGAUAUAAAAAAUAGGUGAUAUAUAGAAAAUGAUUAUACAGGAGUUUAUAGAAAUAAAUGCCAAACGGAAGAUCUCAUUAGUGGAGGAGACUAAAAAAAUUUAAUAUGACAAAAUAAAUCAUUACGCACCAAAAGUGUAACGCACUAAAGAUUUUUGGAAGUUGGUAACAUGGCAGAAAGACAUCCAGUGUGAUCUGUGAUAUAAGGGGGAAGGUUGUGUAGCAGAAAGAGAAAUCUAAUGACAGGAGUUGAUGUCUAAAUGCCUCUAAAUGUUUGCUGUGUAACACAAACUGUGCCCUACGUGUGCCGUGAGUCACAUCUGGAAGUUUUUCCUCGUCAGUUUAUCUUCAUCCUCGCACCACUCCUGUAGUCUUCAUUGAUCCUGUGUUGUGACUAUAUUGUAUAUGGUCAUUGUGAUUGUAGAUAUUUGGUCUGUGCCUGGUUUUUAACGUCAAUAAAUUGUCUUC